AAAAUAUCCAAUCCUACAAUAGUUCAGGUCGAUAUAUUACUUAUCAUACGCCAUAAGUAAUGGCAGAUAUUGCUGUUGAGUUCCAGCACUAUGUUGACAUGGCGGUCGAUGGAUUUGUAAAUUUCAAGUUUUUACAGGCCUGGCGACUUUGGAUAGACGCCCUUCAUAGGCUGCGCAGACGGGCUCAUCGAUUAGAAAAUGUACAGCCCUUGCCGGAACCGCCACGGAUAUUAAAAUUAUGGGCCAGCAUCGCACUGAUAUUCGUGUUCGUCUUCAGUUUUGCAAUGUUCGUUUGUGGUAUCACUAAGGAAGUAGUAACAGAAGAACUAACGCCAGAUGGACGAUUCCGAGAAGUUUAUGCUAUUCCAAGAAUCAUGAGAAAUACAAAAUAUGCACUGUCGUGUUUUUUUCGCCGAUUAGCCAAUUAACUGAUGCCUAUGAUGCAGAUACUUUGAUAAUUACGAGGGUUUGAUUUGGAAGAGAAUCCUCAUCGACCACGUUGAUUACAAUUCAUUGGUUAGACUGUUAACUUAAAUACCGUUUUCUGAAAUGUUAUGUAUUUACUUUAAUUCUAUUUUUUUUUAUGGCUGAAUUGAAAUAUCAACACGUUAAGGAGAAAUGAAAUAAGGAUUUCGUUUAUGAGUGAUUUCAAUCUAUGAAACUUUAUUUGCCUUUUUCGACAUCGCCCCUAAUGUUAUGUACAAGGUACGGAAGGAACACAUGUUCAUUCGCAGCCAUCCAUUUAGGCUCGCCACCGUCUCUAGAAUAUUGAAUUAUUACGAAAAGAAAAAAGAAAAACCUAAUAAUUUUGUUCACUUGGAUGUCUGAUCCUAAGUUCUAAACUAGUGGAGAUAAGCUAGUAGUAAAAUGCAGUCGAGAAAGAAAUUCAUCAUAAAAAACUUAAGGGCUGGUAGCCAGUGUACAAUCCAUUGUAUGUGAAGCCUCAGUGACAUUUGCUAAAAGGGAUAUGCAAACUGAGCGUUAAAACAGAUUAAAUCCUUAAUUAUCACGCAUCAUUUUCUGAAGUCUCCUCUUGUCUCGUUUUGAUGCAGUAUCAAAGAUAUCCUGAUAAAAUAUUAACACACAUUAAGGAUUUGAAAUAUAAACAUGACAUGAAAAAAUAUUUGAAAAAAAUAUAACAAGGAUUAAUUCCUUAGUGGUAUUAUUGUGUGGAUGAGUCAUUCUCCAUCUUUUAGAUCAGAUAUCUUGAUUAUUGUUCAUUAUUAAUGUUACAACUGAUAAAUUGUCAAAGUUCCUUAGAUCAUAUGCCAUGUUUAAUUGAAAAGUGGAUUAGUACUUUUACUUUUAAGAGUUACUAAUAGAAGUUAAUCUCUGACCCGUAGGAUAGGGGCAUUCAAAACACUGUAGCAGAAACAUCCAACAACAACCGGUAGAAUUCUCUCAUUAAAUGUGAAGACGAAAGUAAUUCUAAAGUAUGUGUAAACCUAAGCUGAAGUUACAGUAUUUUAUUUUAUGUUUAAAUCGUUCUUUCAUGCAAUUUCCCGUCAAAUUUUCAGUUUUGAUAUUAAGGGAUUUGUAAAAGAAAAAGGAGCAAAUUUGUAGAUGUUAUUUUACAUAUUUUGAAAAAUAGAAUUUUGUUUUAACAAGGCAAGUAACGUCUUCAAAAUAUCAUGUAAGCAUUCAUUUCCGCGCUACAUCUUAGACCAAAUUUAUUCUAUAAUUAAUAUUUUCUGUCAGAAAUGCUGGUUUUCAAUGUUAAAAGGAAAUGUUUUCAAAUAUGAUUACUCACCAUCCUUAAAUCGAAAAUCAUCUUUCACAUAUAUGAGUUUUAUAACAAAAUCAGCAAAACAGAUUAAUUUUCAUCACAAUUGUUGGUAUUUUUAUUCAUAACUACAAACAGAAUUAUUAUACCGACUUUCAUUUUUUAUCAUGGCAGCACUUCGAAUACGCAAAAAAAGAAGAUAUACACAUAUACAGUUGUUAAAGAUUUGUCUAUGUUUCUUAUUGUGUAAUAUUUAGACAUCAAUUCUUCUAACUGUGAAUAAACUUUCUUG